CUGACAAAUUAAUGCUGAUGUUUUUCUAUGUACUUUAUUUCUUAUUAAAUAGAAGUGUCUGUGAUUUUAAUAUUAUAUGCUUUAGACAUUCCCUGUAGAAUUGAAGCCUACAUCUCAAAACAUUGUGGACUGGGUGUUCCGCAAAGUGCGGAAUCUUGUCACAUGGUUCACUCCGGAAGUGUCGAAAAGCGGACGGCUUCUGCAAGCAGUGGGAAGUCGAGCGGCUGUGCUCCUCACGCCAUGGAGACCACUAUUCGGUACCGGUGAUGCUAUGUUGACGGUGCAGCAGUUUGCGAUGGCCUACUACGACUGUGGAAAUGACAUUAAUAAUGAUUUUGGAUUACGUGGUCGUUCGAUAAAGGCACUGGAACGACGACGCAGGCUGCGGUCUCUUCUUUCCUGGACAGACAUGAGUCGUUGGUGCAACUGGGCGUUUGCUGAGCGGCAGCGGUGGGUUACGUCUUGGUCGUCUUCAGUUACGGUCGACCUGCCGUGUGAUGCGUUUUCGCCUGUUCUCCCGGAGAACGGUACUCGCCGAUUAGCGUCGACGAGUCGUCCGUGUUUCUGCAGACCUUUGACUUCGACCAGCGAUCGCAUACAACAGAACAACGGCUUUUGGCGGUCGUUGUGUGAAUUCGCUCUGUGGUGUGGCAGCAGCCACGGUUGCUGCGACUUCGGCUUUCACCUGCCGUCAGUUGUGCCUUACUGUAGCUCGACUUCACAGUUGUACGGGCGGCGGUGGCGACGUCGAUAUUCGGCUGACGAAUGUCGUCGCUUCAAACUCGCACAGGCGCUGAAUUAUACAUCGCUUGGGGACACGUUCACGUCGCCUACCAGUGAGAACAACCACCUACGGUACUUGGACCGUCUGCGCUUAGUGCGUGGUCUCGGCUGCAAAACCAAUCGAUCGCUGAAUUUCGUCACCAUAGACUCGGACAAGUACCGUUGGUUCUUCAGCCAGUUUGGUUUCACGGAUCCUCGCGAAACAGAGUUGUUCAUUUACGAUGGAAAGAACGAGGCGGUCUUUGCCCUUGCGGAUCAGUUUAGUUUGGAAAGUUUCACUCGCUUCGUUUACAAGUAUACUACUGGAAGUUUGCCUUCUCUGAGAAGAACCGAACGACCUCCAUCCUCGCCACCCUUGCUCGAUUCGCAGCUGCCCGCUCGGGAGUACAUGACUCCCGCCAAAGUGUACAUAACCAAGCUGACUAGUCAGUCGUUCGAUUCCGUGGUAUUUCGUUCGUCCAAAGUACGAUACCGUGACUGCUUUGCUGACUUGACUUGA